AGAAGAGACGCUUCAGUUUGUCUAGGAGAGAAGAUGUAACCACGAAACCGAGCCGUGAGUCUCUGUAGAGAAACCGAUGGACUUGUCAUUUUGGUUGUGACGGGUUUACGAUCAUUUGAUGUCUCUGGUACUUUAAUCCCACAUUUUCCAGCAGCAACGCUCGAGUGGAGGCCACGUGUUUGCAGACAGGCCGGGAUCAGAAGCAGAGCCAGUGUCAUUUCAGUCAAAGCUAAGCCAAGGUGUGGCGGCUGCCGUACCCAUGGACGGCCCUGACCAGAACCAGAACCAGGAGAUGGACCAGGACCAGAACCAGGAGAUGGACCAGGACCAGAACCAGAACCAGGACCAGGACUCCGAGUCCAGCAGGACUAAAGCUGCUGGUCUGCAGAAACGUAAAGGCAAAGAGAGGCCCACAGGUUACUACCCCUGUGAUCAGUGUGAGAAAGUCCUCACCACUUCAUCAACCCUGAAGAGCCAUAAGAGGAUUCACACUGGAGAGAAGCCGUACAAAUGUGAUCAGUGUGGGGCAGCUUUUGCUGAAUCGCGUACUUUAAGAACUCACCAACGUAUUCACACUGGAGAGAAGCCGUACAAAUGUGAUCAGUGUGGGGCAGCUUUUUCUGAAGCGGGUCAUUUUAGAAGUCACCAACGUGUUCACACUGGAGAGAAGCCGUACAAAUGUGAUCAGUGUGGGGCAGCUUUUGCUGAAUCGGGUCAUUUAAGUAGUCACCAACUUAUUCACACUGGAGAGAAGGCGUACAAAUGUGAUCAGUGUGGGGCAGCUUUUAAUCAAUCGAGUAAUUUAAGAAGUCACCAACGUAUUCACACUGGAGAGAGGCCAUACAAGUGUGAUCAGUGUGGGGCAGCUUUUACUCAAUCAGGUACUUUAACGAAACACAGACGUAUUCACACUGGAGAGAAGCCGUACAGAUGUGAUCAGUGUGGGGCAGCUUUUACUGAAUCGGGUACUUUAAGAACUCACCAACGUAUUCACACUGGAGAGAAGCCGUACAAAUGUGAUCAGUGUGGGGCGGCUUUUGCAAAAUCAGAUGAUUUAACGAAGCACCAACGUGUUCACAGUGGAGAGAAGCCGUACAGAUGUGAUCAAUGUGGGGCAGCUUUUACUAAAUCGGGUAAUUUGAGAAGUCACCAACGUGUUCACACUGGAGAGAAGCCGUACAAAUGUGAUCAGUGUGGGGCAGCUUUUAGUAGAUCAGGUGCUUUAAGAAGUCACAAACGUGUUCACACUGGAGAGAAGCCGUACAAAUGUGAUCAGUGUGGGGCGGCUUUUACUGAAUCGGGUCCUUUAAGAAGUCACCAACGUGUUCACACUGGAGAGAAGCCUUACAAAUGUGAUCAGUGUGGGGCAGCUUUUUCUGAAGCGGGUCAUUUUAGAAGUCACCAACGUGUUCACACUGGAGAGAAGCCGUACAAAUGUGAUCAGUGUGGGGCAGCUUUUGCUGCAUCGGGUAAUUUAAGAAGUCACCAACGUGUUCACACUGGAGAGAAGCCUUACAAAUGUGAUCAGUGUGGGGCAGCUUUUAAUCAAUUGAGUACUUUAAGAAGUCACCAACGUGUUCACACUGGAGAGAAGCCGUACAAAUGUGGUCAAUGUGGGGCAGCUUUUACUAAAUUGGGUAAUUUAAGAAGUCACCAACGUGUUCACACUGGAGAGAAGCCUUACAAAUGUGAUCAGUGUGGGGCAGCUUUUAAUCAAUUGAGUACUUUAAGAACUCACCAAUGUGUUCACACUGGAAAGAAGCCGUACAAAUGUGGUCAAUGUGGGGCAGCUUUUACUAAAUUGGGUAAUUUAAGAAGUCAUCAACGUGUUCACACUGGAGAGAAGCCGUAGAAAUGGGAUCAGUGUGGGGCAGCUUUUGCCAGAUCAGAUAGUUUAGGAAGUCACAAUUGUAUUUAGAUUGGAUAAAAUGUGUGUAUGAUGAGUGAGGCAUUCAGAUGGCACAAACAUGUUAGAAAAAAACAGUGAUAGAAAUGUGUUUAAUCUUUUGUUCUGAGAGAAAGAAAUCUGAAGGUGUAAUUCUAAUAAGUUCAGUUUUAUAUUCGCUUUUUAAAAAUGGUUCUGCUUCUAUUGACACAUUAGUAACUUGUUUUGUAAUAUUUUUAUAUUUUACUCUAACAUUUUUCACCAGUUUUUGUCAUUGUAUUGUUAAUAAAGAGAAAUAAAGUUAUAUAUUUUUUGUUGGAUUUCAGCUUCCUGCUCAGUAAAACCAUAGUAAACAAACAGGAAGUCAAUGUCAUAAUGUUUGAACACUGUCCCACUGUCAUGCCUUGUUCAUGUGAUUUUAUCACUAUAGAUGAAUGAUGGUUCUUGAUUUAAUUUUAUCUGAGGGAUGUAAGAAAAAAAUGCUUUACUAAUGACACCCUCUGAUUCAGACCAGCUGGUCAACUGUAAAAGUGAGUGAAUGCUGUCAUAGACUUACAAAGCUAAUGACAAUUUAAAGGGGACCUAUUAUGGCAUUUAAUGUAUAUUUUAAACAGGCCUUGAAUGUCUUAAAC